AAAGAGUUGGGUAGUCGUUAAAGAGUUGCUGUUUCUUUUAAGUCAUUAAUGCAUGUUUUCCCUCCAAGAUAAUUGUCAGUUUUUUGGUUAUUUAUAACAACACUACGAAGAGAUGUCCAGCGACAAAACGGCACACUGGAAAGAUCUACUGAAAAAAAGACUGGCUUCCGCACAGAAAGACAACAGGACUGAUGAGGAGAAGAAAGCAGAGGAAACAGAGCUGUUCACAAAAUAUUAUACUGAGUGGAAAGGAGGAGGAGAAAAAGACAGUACAUACAAGCACAUUCCACGCUUUUACUACCGGCUUCCUGCCGAGGAUGAAGUUCUGCUACAGAAACUAAGGGAGGAAUCAAGGGCUGUGUUUCUGCAGCGGAAGAGUCGAGAACUUCUGGACAAUGAAGAAUUACAAAACUUAUGGUUUUUACUGGAUAAACAUCAAGUACCACCUACGACAGAUGAAGCAAUGAUCAACUAUGACAGUUUUCUUAAAGUUGCUGACAAAGCUGGUGCCAAGUGCAAGCAAUUCUUCACCGCUAGAGUGUAUGCCAAACUGCUCCACAACGAUCCAUAUGGACGGAUAUCCAUAAUGCAUUUCUUUAACUAUGUCAUGAGAAAAGUGUGGCUGCACCAGACGAGGAUCGGGUUGAGUCUGUAUGACGUGGCGGGGCAGGGCUACCUCAGAGAGUCUGAUUUGGAAAACUACAUCCUGGAGCUGAUCCCAACACUUCCGCAGCUUGAUGGCCUAGAAAAGUCCUUCUACUCUUUUUACGUCUGCACCGCUGUUCGCAAGUUCUUCUUCUUCCUGGACCCCUUACGAACUGGGAAAAUUAAGAUUCAGGAUAUUUUGGCCUGCAGCUUCCUGGAUGAUCUGCUUGAGCUGAGAGAUGAGGAGCUGUCUAAAGAGAGUCAGGAGUCCAACUGGUUCUCUGCUCCCUCUGCUCUGAGAGUUUAUGGUCAAUACCUCAACCUUGAUAAGGACCAUAAUGGGAUGCUGAGCAAAGAGGAACUGUCUCGCUAUGGCACAGGCACUCUGACAAGUGUCUUUCUGGACCGUGUUUACCAGGAGUGCUUAACCUAUGAUGGGGAAAUGGAUUAUAAAACGUACUUGGACUUUGUACUGGCUCUGGAGAACAGGAAAGAGCCUGCAGCUCUCCAGUACAUCUUUAAACUGUUGGACAUGGAGAAUAAAGGCUACCUCAACGUCUUUGCUCUGAACUACUUUUUCAGGGCUAUCCAGGAGCAGAUGAAGGUUCACGGCCAGGAGCCGGUUUCCUUCCAGGAUGUCAAGGAUGAGAUCUUUGAUAUGGUGAAGCCAAAGGAUCCAUACAAGAUCACCCUCCAGGAUUUGGUAAACAGUGGUCAAGGUGAUACAGUGACAAGCAUUCUGAUUGAUCUGAAUGGGUUCUGGACUUACGAGAACAGAGAAGUCCUGGUGACCAAUGAGAGUGACACUAAUACUGCUGAUUUGGAGGAUGCAUAAGCUCACCCUGAACAGCCAAUGAAAACCCUACUGCAGUGUACAACAGGGAAAAAUGAACUGACCUCAAGUAGGGAGACUUGUACAGCAGCAUGG